AUGACCCUGGCAAAGAUCCAGACUCACUCGAUCCAUUGGCCGAUUGAAAUGUCUUCCUUCAUUGAUCUCAUCUUCACCUUCUUCCUCUUCCUUACACUCUCCUCCAGUACAACCGCCUACCGAUGGCGGUGCGUCCCGGAGGACCGGCAAAUCCUGCAGGAUAUCAACAAGGAGUUGAACAACACGAUGUCGAACGGAUGGUUACUGGACGAGGAUUGCUCUCAGCACUAUAUUGGUGUUUCUUGCGAUUCUGACACCAGUAGGGUGAACGCGAUUGGUCUUAGCGGCAUACCCAUUUCCCGGAUUCCGCCGUCCCUUGCGCGUGUCCCCUACCUGAAACAGCUUUUCAUACGGAAAAUACCAGGCCUCACCGGCGAGAUCCCGAAGUUCCUGUCCAACCUGACGGUGCUCACCUGGCUGGAAAUCAGCUGGACGAAUGUCACCGGUCCCAUCCCCCAUUGGCUCCACCGGCUCCCUCAGCUGGAAUCCCUCGUUCUCAACUAUAACCGACUCUCUGGCACGAUACCACCCUACCUCUUCGACUUGCCCAACUUAAACUGGCUGCGGCUUGACCGCAGUCAGCUCACCGGUUCAAUACCCGAGGCAUUCGGCCGGUUCAAGGGCAACUCCAUUUUCCUCGCACACAACAUGCUCACCGUUCAGGUGCCCAAGUCCCUCGCACACAUCGACUGGAGUCAGAUCGAACUGCAAUGGAACCGUCUCAUUGGCGACCCUUCUCCCCUGUUCAACAAUCGGUCCAAAACACUAUGGCAGCUCGAUCUGUCCCGGAAUCUGUUCGAUUUCGAUCUCACCGCCGUUCAGAUUCCGGUGGACAAGCUGUAUAGGUUCGAUCUCUCGCACAACAUGGUACGCGGCAGCAUCCCCAAGGAAAUGGUGAACGCUACCAGCUUGGGGAUCUUCAACGUGAGCUUCAACAGGCUCUGUGGGAGGAUUCCUUAUGCAGGUCGACUCCUGCAAUUCGACAACACCACCUUCUUCCACAACCGCUGCCUCUGUGGCCCUCCUCUCUCUGUGACAUGUUAGACGAAGGCCCACAAUCACUCCCCUAGCUCCACGCCUCUGUGCUGGCCAACUAGUUAUAUAUAUGUCCACGUCUCUUUCUUGUUUCUUUCGUUUUUACCUGCUUUCUUUUUCCCUUGCUUU